CCCAAAUGCAGCCGGUUGUUCUCGUCGCUUUCGUCAUUUGCGGUACGUACCGAGUGCACAUGCCCCGCACAGCUUAUAAGCUGCACAGUGUCCAUGAUGAUUGUUCAGAUGAACUUCAUUCGGUUGUGUUAUGGCGUUCGUUCCACACAUGCAGGCAUUUUCGUUCGCUGCGGCCCAGCCCGAGACGCCCUUCGGGGAUCAGCCAUGCGCCGUGAGGCCCGGAGCGAUCAGCGUCGCAUACCUGGAGAGUAAGCGCAUCGAUUAAUUCUCACUGCCUCACGGUCUUGCCUGAAUGAAAUCCUGCAAUGCAGCGAUGGGCACGGAACGCACAGGCAUCACCCCGGUUGUCCCUCGCGAUGCUAGCCAGAGCACUGCAGAGGUGUGCACUACAGCAAAGGAGGCCAAGAAGCUUGUGGAGCUGGCACUCAAGCUGUGUGGCAGUACGCACAACUGAGUUUGUCUCCUUCCGCGCUUUGCUUUCUGUCAUUUCUGCCUGCAGAACUUGCAGAGAGCGUCUGCCGCAGCAUGACACAAGAGCAGGUGGCAGAGGCCGUCGGUGAGUCUCUCAUGUUGGCCACGCCCCAGAAGGUGGAGGCCCAGAACAUCCGCCGCGACGGCUGCAAGGUCGUCUUGGACCUGGUACCAGCAGGUUGUCUCAUUGCUCUUUCGUCAACGAGCCUCGAAUUUGUCUCUCUGUUGCUCCGGUGGGUGCGCUGUGUGUGCAGAGGGCAAGCGAAGCCCCGACAGCUUCCUUCAAGUUCGUAAUGGCACCACCGACGGCCCGUACGGCGCCCUCCUCGCCGGCACGAUGGUUCGACUCAUCCCAAAUGUCGUUGGGGCCAUGGUAGCGUAACAAGCGUUCAAAGAGCCUUUUCCAGGGCCUUGCGCCACUGUCACUGAUGACCUGUGAUAGGCAUUGACCGUCGGCGGCACGCACAUCGUCAAGACAGUGGCCGAAAGAUACCAAGACUACCAGAAGACCGGUCUGACUGAGGCAGUCAACAAGCAAGCUGCACUGAGGGUGGCACCCAAGCUGGCCAUCGAACAACCGAGUGGGGGCGUUUGCAUCCACGACACGCCGCACGAGAUGUUCGUCAAGACGAAGCUCUCGUCGUCGUAGUCCGGCCGUUGAAACAUCCACCCACGCAUUCGACCAGGAAAGAGGAUUCUCUCUGUGUCUCUCGAUUUUUACUCAAUUGUCCGUCCGUCGAUUGGGAAAGGGAAGGAGGGAGCGGAGCAGCGGUGCAUCAAUCACGUGAUCCCAUCCCAUGGCAGAAAGGAAUGCAGGGUACAUAGAUAGAUGAGAUGCGUCAGUCAGUCCGAGACACUGACUGACUGUCGUCUCUUCGACUACCGUUUGAUCAACGCAUGCGCGUGCACAACCAAACAAGUAUGAG